UCCCAUCCUGAGCUUGAGUUUGAAAGAGAAGAUGAUGAGAGUGAAGCACAACAUUGCAGCAUGGUGGUGAAAUCAGUGACACGUCAAGGCCUUCUCUCCCUAAAUCCCAACCCCAAUCCCACCGUCGCUCUCUUCCGCUCCCUCCCCCUCUCCCUCUACCAUCUCCGCCGCCAGUUGCCGCGCCUGGCCGUCACCGCGGCGGACAGAGAGGCUCUCCGGUCGGCGGAGGCGGAGGCGAGGCAGCUGCGGGGGCCGCAGCUGGAGGUGGCGGAGCUGAGCGAGGUGGCGGAGGAGUGGCGGAGAGCCAGAGUGGCAUGGCUCUGCAAGGAGCUUCCCGCGCACAAGGCUGGGACUCUCGUCAGGAUACUCAACGCGCAGAAGAAGUGGAUGACGCAGGAAGACGCCACCUACGUCCUCGUCCAUUGCUUGCGCGUUCGCGAGAACGAAACUGCGUUUAGAGUAUACAAGUGGAUGAUGCAACGAAAUUGGUAUCGAUUUGAUUUUGCUCUUGCUACCAAGCUAGCAGAUUACAUGGGUAAAGAGCGAAAGUUUUCAAAGUGUCGUGAGGUAUUUGAUGAUAUUAUCAAUCAAGGCCGUGUUCCUAGUGAGUCAACAUUCCAUAUAUUAGUCGUUGCUUAUCUUAGUGCUCCUGUUCAAGGUUGUCUGGAUGAAGCAUGCAGCAUCUACAAUCGUAUGAUUCAGUUGGGUGGUUACCAGCCCCGUCUUAGCUUGCAUAAUUCCCUCUUCAAAGCUCUUGUAAGCAGUCCAGGGAUGUUGUCAAAGAAUUACCUUAAGCAAGCUGAGUUUAUAUACCAUCAUUUGGUUACAACUGGACUUGAUGUGCGUAAAGAUAUUUAUGGGGGCCUAAUUUGGUUGCAUACCUAUCAGGAUUCCAUAGAUAAAGAAAGGAUAGCAGAAUUGAGGGAAGCAAUGCUACGUGCUGGAAUUGAGGAGGAUAGAGAGGUGCUAGUGUCAAUCUUGAGGGCUUGUGCAAGGGAAGGGGAAGUGGAGGAAGCAGAGAAAACAUGGGUCAAACUUCUCAAGUUUGAAAGUGAUCCCCCAGCUCUGACUUUUGUUUAUAAAAUGGAAGUCUACUCAAAGGUUGGCAUGCAUAUGAAGUCAUUGGAUAUAUUUAGGGAAAUGCAGUCAAAACUAGGUGAAACAGAUGUUGCAGCAUAUAGUCAAAUAAUAGAGAUACUAUGCAAAGCAAAAGAAUCAGAAUUGGCAGAAUCAAUCAUGGCAGAUUUUGUCAAGAGUGGUCUGAAGCCCCUUACGCCAUCGUAUGUUUAUUUACUAAACAUGUACUACAAUUUGGAAUUACAUGAAAAAUUGGAAGAGGCAUUCAUCCAGUGCAUGGAGAAAUGUCGUCCUAAUUGUACUAUAUACAGUAUAUAUCUGAAUUCUUUGGUGAAAAUAGGUAAUAUUGACAAGGCCGAGGAUGUAUUUGGCCAAAUGAAUCGUGAUGCCUCUAUUGGUGUUAAUGCUCGCUCAUGUAACAUCAUUUUAAGUGGAUACCUGUCUUCAGGAAAUCACUUAAAGGCAGAGAAGAUCUAUGACUUUAUGUGUCUAAAGAAGUUUGAAAUUGAAUCCCCAUUAAUGGAAAAGCUUGACUAUAUCAUGAGCUUGAAAAGGAAAGUUAUUAAAAGACCAAUAAACCUGAAGCUAAGCAAAGAGCAGAGAGAAAUCUUGAUUGGGUUGCUUUUAGGUGGUUUGCGGAUUGAUUCUGAUGAACAAAGGAGGAACCACAUUAUUCGUUUUGAUUUUGAUGGGAAUUCUGGUAGCCAUUAUGUUCUGAAGAGUCAUAUAUAUCGCCAGUUUUAUGAGUGGCUGCAUCCAACUUGUAAGCCAAGUGAUAACAGCGAGAACAUACCAGAUAAGUUUUGCACCAUUGCAAGCUCUCAUUUUGGUUUCUAUGCAGAUCAGUUUUGGUCAAAAGGUGAACCUACGAUUCCGAAACUAGUCCAUAGGUGGUUGUCACCGUGUGUUCUUGCAUACUGGUACAUGUAUGGGGGCCAUCGAAAUUCAUCAGGGGAUAUUUUGCUGAAAAUAAAGGGAAGUCGUGAAGGUGUUGAGAACAUUGUCAAAAAGUUUAAAGCCAUGUCCAUGGAUUGUAAAGUCAAGAGGAAAGGAAGAGUAUUUUGGAUUGGUAUUCUGGGAAGCAAUUCAACUUGGUUCUGGAAAUUGGUUGACCCGUAUAUUAUAGAAGACAAAGAUUUUCCUGAAAUAGGUGACGAGACAAAGGAGCAGGAUGCGAUGAAAACUGAAGAUAUUAACUUCAAUAGUGAUUCAGUCGAAUGAAAAAGGCUGAUAAUACAUUAAUGAUCGUGGUUGGAGAAGGUUUUUAAGGAGUUUUCCUGGCCAGAUUGUGCUAUACACCUGUUUCUAGAACUUGUUUGAUUUCUGUACUUCCACAUAUUCUUUUACCGAGUCACUGCAAUAGUUGCAAAAUGAAGGCUUUCUUGAAUAUUUUGUAUCCAUCCUCUGAAUUAUUCUAGUUGUAUAUUCCUAAUUUUGGGUGCAAAGAUAAUUAGAGAGCAGGGACUUCACUGUAUUAUCGAGUAUCUGCGAGAAGAAUUAAAAACUGUAUUAUUCUACGUAUAUUAACUAUAUUUAACAUGGUUGAAGCAUUACUUGUAAUGUUCGUUAUUCUUGUUCAA